AUGGGUAGAGGAAGACCACCGUCCCAGCGUACCGAGGACGAGAAGCUGGCCAUCCGAAGGGAAAAAGUCAGGUUGAAUGUCCAAGCACACAGAGAGCGCCAGAAGUUGAAGAAGAAGCUCGAAGCGCUUAAUGCUCCGUGCCAACCUCCAAAGCUCCGAUGGGUUCAGGAGACGAAAUGGCAGUCCAAGAGGACAACAGACUCUGGCGAUCAGAAGCAAGUAUCGAAGCCAGAAGCACCACGCUGUGACAAGCAUCCGGCGUUGGAGGGCAGCCUUUCAAUCCCCCCGAGUCCUGAGAAGCAGUACACUCUUGGUCUUCUGGCCUUGUUUCGAUCACGCCUAUUGCCAGAACGUGUCACACUACGAUGUUCAGGACCUUCGGAACAGCGCUUGACGACACCGUGCGCCCCUUGGGUGGUGAGAGGCUAUGAAUUAGCUACCAUCAACGACAACCCUCUCCUGACUGGUAUGCUUCGUGCGCUGGGGCUCGCUUUGCUUGCCGGGGAGCACCAGCGAGAAGACAUCCAGCAUGUUGCGCAACGUAUUUAUCAGACGACUCUCCCAGGAGUCAGUCGGCAGCUCGGACUUUUGAUGGACGACUACAGGCACCGCUCCAACGACUACCCGGCAUUGAUGCUGUCCUGCCAUGCAGCUGCUAUGUUCGAAUUAAGCGCCAGCGGGUCGCUGCAUGCCAUCUCCCGUCAUGUGCGUGGCCUGGGCUGCUUGCUAGUCCAUCACUUUCUGGUGUCGAAAUCGAUGCCGGAAGAGAUGUUCGAUCUGUUGGAGGAAUACCGACUAUUCGAAAUUGUGUUUUGCCUCAUCAACCGCCAACAAUCAGUGCUUACCGGAACAACACUGGGCAGGGAAGCCACCUACCACAACAGCUCAGACUUUGGGAAUUGCCAUAUCAGCUCGUUCAGUAGAUUGGUUGAUCUCACCGGCAAUAUUCCCCCGAUCAUGGUUUACGUCGAUAACCUGAAAAGCAGGACUGGGCUAGGAGAGCGAGAACUUGAUCGGCUACACGGGUUUCUAAAGACACUUUUUGACACUACGAAUGAAUUCCAAACUUGGUCUGAAGACUUCCUUGCCAAUGAUGCCCGCUCAGUCGCCGAGACAGCAGCCUACAUUUCUGGGGAUGGCGAUCUCACAUUUCCCAAUCUUGAAGUAGUGGUGGCCUGGGCCUACUAUCUUUCGUUCAAAAUACACACUCUCGACACGUAUAUCUCUGUGAUCGAACAUGUCACUCUGAUCCAACAAUCCCUGACAAAUAUCGAGUUUGCCGUGGACAGCCCCGACACACAUGACGCCCAAUCCUGCAAUAUGAGCGAAAAGAUAGGACUGCUACGCUCGGAACUGGUCGAUUCGACGAAGCUUCUUCUUCGGUCAUUGCCAUACUUCUCAGAAAGCAGCUUAGGGUAUAUUGGACGCUCGCUAGUCGCAUUUCCCUUGGAAACGGCCAAACGUGCUCUCACCCAAGAGUUUGAACGACGAUCUGGCCUGACGUUGCCAGCAAGUGAUAUUGUUCUCUUGAACCUCUCUGACAACUGGGCCGAAGACAUCAUCGAUGGCCUAGCAGUCUGCAAGCAGAUUGCUACCAACGCGAUUGCAUCGGGAUGCGCAUUGUUCUCUGGGUAG